GCCCAAGAUCACCCAGUGGGUUUCAUGGCCAAGUUGGAAAUGGAAUCCUAGUCUCCAGAGUCAUAAUCCAUCACUCAAACCACUAUGCCAUCCUCUUUCACUCUGUGGGCUCUGGGAAACAUAGAGUCAUAAAAUCCAGGCAAUAAAAUUUCAACACCAUUAGCGACAGAAAAAAUAACUUCCCUUGAGAUCCAUUUUAGCUGCAACAGGGGAAUCCUAAAGAAGAGGGAGCCAAGGGACUGGGAUUGAACUCACUGAGUUUCCUACCUCCAACAAAGGAAAAACUUUUGCAUUGGGACUGCAUUUGACGGAUUUUGCCUAUAUAUCACUAAAGUUUUUUGAGAUGCCAAAAAAGCCCCCCACAAAAAAACACAAAUCCUGAUAAAUCCAGUGCUGUCUGCUUAAGAAAGGGGCAAGUAGCCUCACACUGAAACAGCCUGGAUCUCAAGGAAGGUUACAUUUACUAUAGCCAGUGGAAUCUAAAUUUUAUUGCUUAGACCCUGGCCUGUGACUCUACCCAAAAUUGCUUCUGACUCCACGACUCUAACUCCUGCCGUACCUGCCUAAUCUAGUCCAAUAUGAGAUCAGAAUUUUGUACUUUUGUUCAGUACCUUUUUGGUGGGAAGAGAAACUUGCUAGUCCCUUGUUGGCUGUUCCUGUAGCAAUGUGCUUUGGGGACACCUGCUGAAAUGUGCUUUACAGAACUAAUUAUACACUUGUGAGUGGUCUUGGUGGCAAGAGUACACAUAAGUAGUGUGAUGCUUCCUUCUUGACAAGGUGCUACUCAGAUGCUGGUGAAGUACUAAUUCACUGCAAUCCCUGUUUGGAUGUUAAUAGUUGGGGUGUUUGUUGUUCCCAGAGAGAUUGCCACUUUCAAGGAUUAAACUGAUUGAUCUUUAAAACCUUUUUCUAUCAUAGGAAUGACUGAUGGUUUUAGUCCAGAGCAGUAGUUUCACAUUUGUGUCCAUAACUUGUGUGUUAUGAUGCCAUCAACUGACAUCCUGGGCAUGCAUAACUGGCUUCAUGGAGACAGACUUUCGGCUUGUUGACCUCGUUUUGGAUUCUCCCUCUAACUUGACGACUUCAGAAGGAUGCCAGCACCCUUUAAGAAGUGCGACGUUUGCGGAGGCAAGGUGCCCGUUCAGGACCCCCACUCCUCCUGUCUCCUCUGCUUGGGCAAGGAUCACAACCCGAAGGCUUGUUCCCUCUGCAAGUCUCUCUCUUCUCAGGCUCGGAAGAAUCGUGAGUCCCGGCUGACUUCGGCCAUCGCACAGGGGAAGGUCCAGGAGGGUGGCUCUCGUCCGUCAUUGACCCCCUCGGCUGCGCCGCCGGUCUCCUCUUCCCAGGCCAGCAUGUCUAGUGUGGUCUCUGCUCCGCUGAUGGCAGAAUCUUCCUCCACCACCAAUGUGGCCCGUGGUUCCCAGAAACCCAGUGCCACCGAGAAGCCCUCCAAGCACCUCCAGAAAUCUUCGGGGGCUGAGGGUUCCGAGCCCAGGGCGAAGUCCGGGAGGAAGCUGUCCCCGGAGGGCUCGCGACUGAGGGACCGUUCGGAGGUGGAAGCCUUGCCUGUGCCGGUACCGCCUUCAAAGUCGAAGUCAUCUCGACAUGCCUCCAAGCUGCCCAAGACGGGGGCGCCUUCGGCUCCAAAGAAGGCCGUGGUUGACAAGGGCAGGUCAUCCAAGCCUUCCACGGCGGCAGCAGUUGUCCUCUCCGACUUGCCGGACAACCCCUUCUUCCCCCUUGAGGACCGAGAGACGCCUUGCUCGUCGAAGAAGAGGCACUCCAAGGAGACUCUGGGGGAUUCGGGUUCGAAGAAGUCCAGAUCCAGCCAUGGCCAGAGUGGGGCUUCAACUUCCUCGAAGGGGAAGGAGUGUCUUUCUCACAAGUCUCGCUCUCCAGAAAAGAAGGCUCGCUCCCCAACCAAGAAGGCUUACAUUCCUGCUUCCGUCCCUUCCCAUCCGGAUGAAUCCUCCACCUCGCAUAUGGCUCCUCUCCUAGACACCCUAGACAUGGACUUCGCCCACCUUAAUGCGGAGGUUGUUGGGGCCUUGAGGGAGCAGUCUCCCCCUCUCUCCUUCCAUUCGGAAGAGAACGAGCCUGUGGACGAGGACGACGAGCCGGUAGACGAGAGCACUGACAUGUUCUACGACUCGGAGACAGGAAAGUAUUACAUGUCAGUGCCAAAGGAGACCGCCUUCCGCAAGUUCACCCAGCUGAACCUGCACCCUGUGGCCCCUCGGAGGGAAAAGCCCCAGACUUCGCAUUUGGCGGCGUCAAGAUCUGACAUUCCGUCGCGUCCCGCUGCUUGUCACGAGACAGAGUUGUCUGCCCUCCAGAUCCCGACGCGUCCCGCGUCUCGAGUUCGGGCGCCUGACAUCCAGCUCUCAUCAGGCACCGACUCUGAUGAGGAGCCUUUGUCGCCGGUGGGGGACCCUUCUGGCGAGGAUGACACUUCCAUCCAGGCGUCCCCUCAGCGGAUGCACCACCCUGAGCCGUCUUCUCCGACCGAUGAUGUGCGUUCGUUCAACGAGCACAUCAUCAAGAUGGCCAGGGCCCUGGACAUUGAGCUCUCUUUCCCCGACGAGCAGGCUCGGGAUCCAGUGGAGCGCCGCGUCCAUGGUCGAGUUCCCACACAACCUUCCAUCCCGCUGUUGCCGUCCCUCAAGACCAUCGUCCGCAGGUCGUGGGAUGUUUCUACCUCCCUGGUGGGAUCGUUACGAAGGAUCGAGUCCCUCUACCGGAUCGCCCCUUCAAGCUGUUCGUGGCUGACCGAUCAUCCGAAGCCGUACUUGGAGAUCGUAGAGGGGGCUUAACAGGGCUUCGUUCCC